AUGAACAAAGGGUCUAUGAGAUUGGCGUCAGCUUACUGUUGGCAGGUGCCUGGACAAGCAAGAUUACAUGACAAGGGAUGGACAUCAGAGGACAAGCAGGAUGUCUAUUACCGCCUGGUCCAGGAGAAUGGCUGGCAUGGCCACAGUGCUUUUAAGCUACUACAACUCAAUGAAAAAUUCCAACUCUUUGAAGGUGUGGUGCAGCUUGUUGACCUGUGUGCAGCCCCUGGCAGCUAGAACCAAGUACUAAGCCAGAAGAUUGUGGGUGGACAUGUGGUGGCUGUGGACCUGCAGGCUGUAGCUCCGCUUCCAGGUAUGUUACAGAUCCAGGAGGACAUCACUCAGCUAUCUACUGCCAAGGAGAUCAUUCAGCAAUUUGAGGACUGACCUGCAGACCUGGUAGUGUGUGAUGGUAAGCCCACAGUGACUGGCCUUCACAAUGUUGAUGGAUACUUGCAGGCCCAGCUCCUCCCAGCUGCUCUGAACAUUGCUACACAGGUUUUAAAAGCAGGGGGCUGCUUUGUGGCUAAGAUCUUCCGAGACUGUGAUGUGACGCUGCUCUACAGCCAGCUAUGGGUUUUCUAAUCUAAUGUGGUGUGUGCCAAGCCCAAGAGCAGCGGCAACUCCAGCAUUGAGGUCUUCACUGUCUGUCAGGGUUAUGACCCUCCUGAGGGGUUCAUACCAGACCUGACCAAACCCCUGUUGUACCACACUUAUGGUGAGAGCCAGAGCUGUGGGCCCUAUCCCUGGGGAAAUGAUGGAAAGUGCUGA